AUGUCGAAUCUGAUUUUAACAGAACGACAACAAGUGGAACUCAAUAAGGCCAUACUACAAUACCUACAGCCAUUCUGCUCAUCUUCGGAAACAAAUGAGCAUCUUCUCCAGCAACUAUCAAAGUUACUUUUACCAAAUAGCAAUUCUUCAACCACGCACAAUGAAGGUGAGAUUGUUGAUCAGUACCUUGAAAAGAAGUGGUCUACGGUUCUACGUCUCCAGAAAAAGAUUAUCGAUUUGGAGAAUGAAGUAACCAAUCUACGAAGUGUUGUUGAUGUUGCUCCUGUCAAGAUUAGCAAGGAUCGAAUAAAUUGGAUACCAAUGUCUGCAAUUCAGAAUUUUGAAGCACCAAGUGUUGUCAAUAGUGUCAGGCUACAUCCUGUUCUUCCUUUGGUUUUUGCUGGAUGCAAUGAUGGAUCAAUCAAUGUAUGGAAUUUCGCCUCCGAUGAUAAUGCUCUACCGGAAAAGAUUUUGAAAGCACAUACCCGAGGAGUUAACAAAUUAGCAUUUUCACAAAACAAGAUUGAAAUGAAUAAAGGCGAUGAGCUGCAAUACAUAUUAGCGUCUUGUUCUUCUGACCUUACCAUCAAGUUAUACAAUGCAACAACAUAUACGCAUUUGAAAACUUUACGUGGUCAUGAUCAUACGGUGUCUUCCAUUGUAUUUUCAGCCCACGACAUGCUAUAUAGUGUCUCGAGGGAUAAAACAAUCAAGGUGUGGAAUGUGGUUGAUGGUACUUGCAUCAAGAGCUUUGUGGGACAUAGUGAAUGGGUGAGAGAUUUAGAUGUGUGUUCAGGAGAGUUUGGUGAUUUUGUAUUGACAUGUUCUAAUGAUCAAAGUGGUCGGUUAAGUCAUGGCCAAUCUGGUACUGGUAUUGCGUUGCUAAUUGGUCAUACGCAUGUGAUUGAAGCUGUCACAUUCCUACCUAAGCUUUCAAAUAGUGUCAUAGACUCAUUCAUCAUGGCAAACUCCGACUUGUUUCCCACACUCCCGAUUGAGUUGAUCAAAAAUCAAGUGUAUGACAAAUUGGGGUUCAAGUAUUGUCUUACUGCAAGCAGAGACAACUCUAUCAAACUAUGGCUACUACCUCCACCUACACUAGUACCAGGUCGUACCCCCAUGCCAUCUAAGUAUAACCAAGCACAAGCAUGGCAUAUUGCUAACCUACAAGGGCAUCUGUCAUGGGUUAAAACUUUGCAAGUACAUCCAAAUGGGAGGUAUAUAAUUAGUGGAUCCGAUGAUAAAACAAUCAAGAUAUGGGAUUUGAACGGGUUGAAUAUAGACGACUCGGUGGGUGUUUUGCGAACACUUGCCGGCCACCAAGGAUUCGUCACUGACAUUGACUUUGCUCGACUAGCUAAACGCAAAGACGAGAUCAAUGGAAAUAGCCACGACGACAACAACGACGACAAUGUUAUAAAAGAUAUAGAGGCACGAAUGCGAUGCGUGGUUGCUAGUGGGAGUACCGAUAAUGUUGUCAAAAUAUGGAAGUGA